CUGAACGGCUGGAGAACUUGCUUCAUACCUCAUAUAAAGCGCUUGCGCGCCCUUCCAUCCUACCCUAAAGUUUGUCUGUCUACAACGAUUGACUGUCGUCGUUCUCUGUUAGCUCUCCGCACCUCCUCGAGUAAUUAGCCUGAUUCGUCUUAGAUUCCGCGAUGGCGGACGUGUCAACAGAUCGACCAGCCGAUACGUCCACGUCGUCGCAAGAGCUGCUGCUCGACGGGCUCUCGUUGCCCGCGCUCUUCGACAAGGCUUACGAUGUUCACUCUAGAGCCGAUUCCGAGUCAGUCCCACCGGAGCAAGUGGAGAUGGCGAUAAAGUACCUGGCGGAGUGCACGUCGCGCAUCCGGCACCUCGCGCUCUUCUCGUCCAACGAGGAGAUCGACGACGUCGCCACUGGCGACAUCAAAUACCUCUUGGUGCCGUGGUUGCACGCGGACUUACUGCAACGCGUUCCAGCAUUGCCUGCCGCUCCCGCUCCCUCCUCUGCUGCUGCCGCUUCCGCUGCCCCCGGUUCUUCCGCCCUGCGUCCCGCCUCAUCGCCAGCGACCAUCGCCUCUGCACGCACCGCUGCUCUCCGCUCCUCGCUCCAGCACCUUGCUUCAUUCCUGGACUCCAUGGAUCGUCUGCGCGUGCCGCUAGAGGCGGAGCGGUCGGACGUGGUGCGCGCACACGCGCUUGCAGCGUCUGCAGCAGCAGGCAGUGGAAGCAGUGGGAAUGGAUCGGGCUCAGAGGUGAAGGACCUGGAUGCUGCCGCCAAGAGAGCCCUCAAGGUGCAGCGAUUCAAGCGCGAGAGGGAGCUCAAGGGGCGGCUGGAGGCCAUGCGGCGGCGCAAGGCGGAGCGGCAGCAGCGCAUCCGCAAGGCGCGCCCGGGGGCAGGCGCACAGGCGGACGCGGGGGAGGACGCGAGUGCGGAGGACGCUGGGGCAGUUGCUGGAGAUGACUUGGAGGAUGAUGACGAGGACAUUGACGAGAGGGAGGCAUGGCUGCUGGCGCUGCGGCUUGCGAUUGUGAAGGCGUUGGACCUGGUUGACUCGCUUGCUCGUGAGCGGCAGAUGCUGCAAGAGGCAGCCACUGCUGAUUACAAGUUCCAGUCUGACCGCACUGGUGCCUCCAUGAACCCCUUUGCACCGGAGGCGCUGGACGACCGUCUGCGGAAGAGGGAGGGAUCUCACCGCACUGCAGCCGCUGCAGCUGCCGCCGCCGCUGCAGGCGGCAGGCAGCUUGUGCCCCCACAAGCCAUUGCGUGCGCCACCCUCGCCCAGGACGUGAUCGAGGGGCGCGUGCCCAGGGAGGAGAUAGCCAAUCAUAGGCAUACUAGCCCCAUGGUGUUUGGCCCUAUGAGCCUCAUGAGUGCUGCGGCUAAAUCUGGGCCGGGGAGUGGGAGCGUCCUUGGGGGGAUCACAGGGAGUAUGUCUGGGAGUGGGUCUGCAGCAGCGCGUGACCCGCUGGCGUCGCUGCGGGUGUUUCAGCCGAGCCAUAGCGUGGCCCGGAUGAGCAUUGAGGAGGCGGGUGAGAGGGAGAUGGCGAUGAUGGCGGCUUGGAAGGAGCGCACGCGCAAGGAGAUGGAAGAGCAGGGCAUGAUUGUAAGAGAGGAUGAUGGCACGGGGGGGAAGGGGAAGGGGGAGGAGGGGGAGGAUGAGGAGGAUGAUGGGGGGGAGGAGGAGAGGAGGAUGGGUGGGAGGUAUUUGGAUGAUGAGGAAGAUGUGGAUAAGGCUAGGAAGUGGGAUGAUUAUACGGAUGACCAUCGACGCGGCUGGGGGAAUAGCAAGCUCACGCCCUGUGGCUGAGAAAUUGUUGGGACGUGGCGUGGGAGAUUCUUGGCAUGGAUUGGACUUCAUGGAGAUGAAGCACCUUAUUGUUUGCAUGCGUUGUGCUGUUGUAACAAUCUUUACAGACUGAAUUACUGUA